AUUCUGAUUUUGUUCCACAGACUGGACUGUGUAAUAUUCAAGAGUAGUCAACUAGAAGUGUUUAAUGACGUGGCACAACUCAAUCUCCCUAAAAAUUAUGAAAUUGGCUGGAUGAAAUCUCUGAAUGAUGAAACAUUACUUUCUGAGCUCACUAUUCCUGGUACCCAUGACUCCUUGGCUCUUCACGGAGGACCAGCAGCAGAAUGUCAGGCAUGGUCACUAAACGACCAGCUAAAGGCUGGGAUACGCUACUUCGACUUGAGAGUGUCUGCCUUAGGAUUAAUAAUUAUGCAUGGACCGAUUUACCAACAUACAUCAUUCCCGGAAGCUUUCGACACAAUUAAGACAUUUUUAUCUGAAUAUAAUACUGAGACAGUGUUGGUCAGAGUUAAGCCUGUCAUUUAUCUUUUUAAAGCCACAGUUCAAAAUUUAAUUGGAAAUAUGAUUGAAAAUGACAUUAGCUGGAUUUUAGAAAAAAUACCAACAAUUGGGCAAGUAAGAGGAAAGAUUGUAUUUGUUCAGAAAAAAGCCUUUGAGCUGGGUAUCAGUCUAACUGAAACUGAUGAAGAUAAGGACUAUAUAGUAACUGAUGUUACAAGAAAGAAAGAAAAGAUUAAAAGCCAUCUGACUAAGGCUAGAGACGAAAAGGAAAGAGCUGAUAAAGUUUUUCUAAUCUAUUCAAGUGGCACAGGCUGGCCUAAAUUGCAUGUAUUUAAGACCCCCAAAAAUUUGGCAGAAGCCAUCAACCCCUGGCUGUAUGAUCAUCUCAACAACGAAUCUAAAAACAAUCCCAAGGUUUGUUUUGGGGUUAUAGCUAUGGACUUCCCAGGUUUGGAUUUGAUUAGAAAGAUCACUGAAUUAAAUAAUUAG